AUGAACUUUAUUCGCUUACCAAGCUUAAAGUUAAAUCAUCAUCCAUCUGAUAAUCAUCAUUCUCACAAUGCCGUUGAUUCAUCAUCGGUUAAAAUGAACAGUCUCUUUUUACCACCAACUUGGAAACAGGAAUCUCAUCAUUAUCAACAAGAAGAUUUAGGUUUGAAAUUACAUCCUUCUUCACAAAGUUAUGCACAAGAGAUGUUUUCGUUCUCCGCGGGAAGCACCAUCCCACCUCCUCAUGCCAACAAUAUACGAUCAUCAUCCACUAUUAAACGACGUAGACGACCUCCACAUUCAUAUGCAUCCAUGAUUGCACAAGCUAUCAUGACGUCUAAAGAACAAAAGAUGACCUUACGAGAUAUUUAUGCAUGGGUGCAGCAACGGUAUCCUCAUCUAUAUGAGACAAACACAAGUGGAUGUCAAAACGUGAUCCGGCAUAAUCUUUCCUUGAAUCGUUGUUUUUAUAAACUGCCUAAAUCUAAUGGGAGAGGUAAAGGAAAAGGUGGUUACUGGGCCGUAUCUCCCGAGCAAUUGCACCAUACCACGUUUGGUCGACAUUUAUUAGAUACGGGAGGUAUAUCGGCCGCUGGUUUCGAAUAUUGGCCUCAAUCAUCAGUGGAUCAGAAGACACAACAUCAAGCGAGUGAAGAAGAACAAGAGGAAGAGGAAGAAGAGGAAGAGGAAGAAGAAGGUUCCCAAAUGGAUGAAGACAAUGAGGGAUUCAUUCCACGUAUUCAUCCGUCCUCUAUCUCUUAUAAAAAUAACAUCACUAAUUUGCUUCAACCUGCAGAUCUCGCUACUUUACAAAAUCAUCAACUUCAUCUACAACAACGUCGAUCUGUUCCUCCUCCACCAGCUCUGACUAUCCCUUUUGAACAAGAUCAUCAUCAUCAUCAUCAGAGUCCUAUUGCUGAACUAGAUAAUCCUACAUUUCAUCCACCAUCACUUCAUCAUAUUCUGAACUAA